UUUCACAUUAAAAUAAUGCAAUUAAAUGUAGUUUAUGUGACUGUGGGAACAACCAGAUUCGAUGCCCUUAUCAAUUCCCUAACCUCCCACGCUGUGCUAAGCGUGCUGCAAGCACGCCAGUGCCAUAAACUUAUAGUGCAGCACGGAAACUCUUUGCCGUUGACUGAAAUACAAUUGAAAUAUAUUGAGGAUCAUUUUGGGAUACAAGUAGAGCAGUAUACAUUCCGACCAAAUAUUGAAGACAUCAGAGCAGCUGAUCUAAUUAUCGGACAUGCGGGUGCUGGCACCUGCACGGAUAUAUUGCACAAUGGAAAAGCUGGACUAAUUGUCAUUAAUGAUGAACUAAUGGACAAUCAUCAGGUGGAAUUGGCGCUUCAACUGGCUUCCGAACACUAUAUGUACUACUGCACAGUAGAUCAGCUCAGUGUUAAUAUAGCUACACUAGCAUUUGAAGCUCUCAAGCCCUAUGAGUUGAACCCAGCGAAUAUGCAAAAGUUAAUAACAGCACUUGAUGAUCUGAUGAAGUUUUAGAGAUUUGUUUUUCUU